GCCUUUUCACUCUUUCCAGGUCAGGUGAUGACAGUUGGCAUGGAGGGAGGGCUCUUCUUCUUCAUGCUAGCCUGUUUGGCAACAACAACAGAAGGGUGUAAGCUACAUUACAGAAAGCUGUAAUCUAUUGUGGUGCUGCACAAAGUGGUGGUCUCUGGACCAGUGCCAGUCCCUGAGCCACUGGCAGCCAGUCCCUGGCAGGUUUCCAAGAAAAGAAACAGUGGUAUCCAAUGAACAUACAUUUAGUGCUGGUCCCUGGCACACUGGUAGUGGUGGUGGGGGGGAAUUGUUGGUCCCCUACAUCAGAUAGCUUGCGAAGCACUGAUCUACUAGACCUCCCACAGGCGAUAUAAUACGAACUUAACAUACAUUAAUAAAACACUAGCAAACAGCUACAGCAUGAUGCUAAAUACUUUUUUAGAUGUAGGUUCUGCUGAGUUCAAUACAGCUUGAUCUUUGAUAGGUAGGUUCACAACGUAAAACAUGUUAAUAGUACAAGCUAGAACAGACCCAUUGAAUGAGUCAACAUUUACAGUAUGUAAAUGCUAUUAAUUUUGGAUCUCAUAACAGAAUUCAAGCCAUGGUGAUUUUUAGAUGAAGGUAAUUCAUAUUUACUUCUUAUGUUGCAAUAGAAAUCUGUGAUAGCUGACAUAUUACAGUCCAGUAAAUAAUGUGCUUGUGGGCAUGUGUUAAUAAGCUAUACUUGGAUGUCCUGACUAUAAAAAGCUUUAAGUGAAAACUGACCUUCAGCUGAAGUUGGAUCCCCUGUGUGUAUGGUUACUGUCUGCUAGAAAAAGAGAAGCCAGCCAGCAUUCAGAUACACCUUUUCCUCUCUCUGAAGAUGACUAGAGAAGCUAUAUCUCUGAGUGCUCUGAACAAGACAUUAAACAGAGUGGAGAACAAACUGCAGACUGUAGAGGCUCAAUUCACUGUACUAGAUUCUAGCAUUCAGAAGUUAUCAGAGAAGUUUGAAUUUUGGAGCAAUGCCUUGGACCAUCAGAUUGACCAGAAUGAAAUGUGGACAUCUCUGCUAGAAGACAGAUUCACAUCUGUGGAGGUAAACCUUUUCUACAGCUACAUCUGUGAAACUAUUCAUUGUUUACAUUCUCAAGUACUAAGAAGGCUACCAGAUCUGGCAAGAGGCCUUCCUACUCUGUCCUCUGUUCUGAGACGAAAAGGGAAAAACCCAAGAAUUAAGCUGGCACUGGAGGCAGCACUGGAGAAGCUGGGACUACAUGAACAAGAUGUUAAAAUCCUCUGUGCGUUUUUCAUUACACAUAGCCAUGAUGCAUGCUACUAUCCUGCUAGUCAAAGGCAAGGUUAUACCAAAGAUGUUUGCUCCAUGAUCAGCAGUGUGGUACAGAACCAGCUCCUUCAGCAAAGCCUGUUGUGUGCUGUUCAUGUGGUGGAAAAUAGCAAAGUUUGAAGAUGUUACCACAAAUCUCCCAAAUGUAUUCUUAAAAGCAUUAUUGAACUUAUAAUUAAGAAAUCUUUGCUUCAAAUAUGGCUGUGACUGGAGAAUGUAGCACAAUCCUAUCAUACACACCUGUUGCACAGAUGAAGAAGAAAAUGUAUAUGAUGCACUUUAGACACUGAAGCACAACACCAAUAACUAGGCUAUUCCCAUUUUCCCCACAUCUUUUCAAAUCCCUUCAUAAAUUGCUACUAUAGACAAAUGUACAGAAAUUGCACUAAAUCUUUUGCUUAAUGGUGUUUCACUUACGUUAUAUUCUUAAAUUAAAAGCAUUAUUCUGUGUA